AUGCAGGCUGGAGGUUACCGUAUCGGCAGUCUCCCCAUCGAUCCUUACACUGGAUCGCAAAGAAACUUCAAGCUCGCCAGAAGGUGGUUGAGGACAUGCAAGCAACACCACGACAACUGCUUGUCUGAACCGGUUCCCAAUCUCCCAACCAGAGUCAUCUAUGUUGGCGACGACCCUGAGUAUAAAGACGUCCAUCUGAAGGUGCCUAAGCAAGGGUCGGAAGCAGAGUAUGUCGCUCUCAGCCACUGUUGGGGAGGCGAUGUUGAAAUUAAGCUUGUGGAGGGUAAUUUGGAGAAAUUCCAGCUCAGCCUUCCGUUCGAUGAUCUUGCUGCGAACUUUCAAGAUGCCAUCGAGGUGACGCGGAAGCUCGGGAUCCGCUAUCUGUGGAUCGACUCUCUAUGCAUUAUCCAGGACUCGACAGCAGACUGGGAAGAAGAGUCGAAAAUGAUGACAACCGUCUAUCGUGACUGUACACUCACUGUGUCAGCCAUGUCGUCCGAGAAAAGCGAAGAUGGUUUCCUGACGUGCAGGCCAGAUGACGGUGGGGCCAUCAAUUGGGAGGCUGCUCACGUGAAAUCCCUGUCAGACCGUGAUGAGGAUGUGCAGGCGAGGGUAGGAAGGUUUGAUCCAAGGCAAGAGGAGUCACUAUGGGAUUUGGAGGAAAAUCCGAAGAAGAAAGGCCCUUUGGCUCGUCGAGGAUGGACGCUGCAAGAAAACGUGUUGUCGCCACGACACUUAUACUACGGCGCCAACCUAAUCCAUUGGACCUGUCCAUCUGCUCGUCUAAGUGCAAACGGAAUGCGUGGAAUGCACAAGCUUGAUAAGCGGUACCCGGCGGCAUCGGCUGUCAUCUUCGGUGAUAUCCUCAGACAGCAGAACCAGGUUUCGGCUUAUGGUGUUGAAGAGGUCCUCAUGGAUUACUAUGUUUUCGUCGAGAACUACUCUGCGAGGAACCUGACGAAAGCCUCAGACAAAUUUCCCGCAUUCUCAGGCAUCGUGCAACGCCUCCAGCCGGUACUUGGUGACUAUAUGGCAGGCCUCUGGCGCCGUGACAUCGUCCGCGGCCUAUGGUGGGUCAAAGAGGUCGAGGGAGGCCCUGUCUCAAAAUACCGAGCACCGUCUUGGUCUUGGGCUUCGGUUGACGGCCCCGUGUCAUGUGCGACAUGUUCGAAAGACGAAGGACCCUUCGACGUUCAGAUGUUGGAUUAUGCUAUUCGCCUCGCUGACCAUGACAACCCGUUCGGCCAAGUCCGGUCGGCCUCUCUUACCUUACGUGGGUGGACAAAGCGACUGGUUCGUCCACUGAGGUACCGUGAAAAUCCUAGCGAGGACAUCGACGACCUAUUCGACGUCGUAAUUGACGAGGCCCUGUGUUUGCAAGAUGGAAUCGACCUUGAGAAACAUGCGUGGUCAGAAACCCGCAGCGUGUUCUUGCCUGGUACCGAUUCACGGGAACAAAAUGAUAAUAUCGCCGGGGAGGGACACACGCCAUGGAUCAGGCUAGGAAGCUACUUCAUACUCUCUGGGAAGUAUGUGGUACUUCUUCUUCGUGCACUUCCAGAUGGAGAAGGGCCGCUGAUGAGAUUCUGGUGCCUCCUCUUGGAAAGCGUGCACGGGCUGCGCCACGAAGUCUUCAAACGAGUCGGUACACUUGAGGGUAGUGCAUCAGCAGCAAGCUUGAAUAAUUGGCAGCAGCGGACGGUCAUUAUCAGAUGA